AUGACUCGAUUGGUAAUCUGUUUGCAGGCAAUUCAAGUUGCAUCUAAUGAAAAAGAAGGUAUUGUUGAAGAGUUAAAUAGUGAAGAUCUCAAGGACUCUAAGUGUCACUAUCUUCCUCAUCGACCUGUCAUAAAAGACUAUUCAACAACAAGGAUCAGACCUGUCUUCGAUGGUUCUGCAAAAUCCAAAGGAAGUCCAUCCUUAAAUGACUGCCUAGUAACAGAUCCAAACCUUGCGGAACUUAUUCCAUCCCUAAUAAAUAGGUUUCGUAUUGGAAGGUAUGAUGACAAGGAUUAUGUGCGAUUUCUUUGGUGGCAAGAUGGAGAUUCAAAUAUUGUCAAAAUCUACAGACAUUGCCGUGUAGUGUUUUGGAUCAAAUCAGGUCCAUUUCUUUUGCGGGCGACAUUGAAUCCCCUAUUAGAUGGAGCUCCUGAUUGCUACAAGAUGGCAGCUCAACACCUACAAAAAUCUAUGUAUGUUGACAAUUGUGUGGCUAGUGUUAAAAGCGAAGCUGACUUGACAAAGUUUAUAAAUUAA